GUGCCGGAGGCGGGGUUUAACGUGACCGGCGGCGCUCCUCCCCCUUCCCCCUCUCCCCGGCUCAGCAGCGCCCGGCCUCCGCCGCCUCUCCAGAUGAAGCGAGAGACGGGCGCGGGUCGCGGGUGAGCGGAGACAGGCCGCCGCCGCCGCCGCAGCCCAGGGUGAGUGCAGAGAAAUCGAGGUCGGGGCUGCGGCCUGGUGCCCGGCCGAGCCCGGGGCGGGUCCACGUGACUUCCUCCGGCCACGGGAUCUUGUGCUGGCCACUCGGCCCUUUUGUGUGCGGCUGGCCGUGGGGGGCGCGGAGCGGAUCAGGCGGAGAGGCGGCUGUGAUCGCCAUGGGUCAGCGGACUGCUCGCCUUGCCCGGACAGCCACCUGCGUCGUGGCCCUGUGGGCCGUUGCGGCCGGCAGCGCCCGGGAGCUGCGGCAGACGACGGCUUUCGCGGGGCAGCCGUUCAUCACCGUGUGGAACGCGCCGACGCACGACUGCGACCGGUACUCGGUGCCGCUCGACCUCAGCCUCUUCGACAUGGUGGCCUCGCCCAACGAGGGUUUCUACGACCAGCAACUGACCAUCUUCUACAAGGAUCGGCUGGGCCAGUACCCGCACUACGCGGACGGCGGCCCGGUGCACGGCGGGGUCCCGCAGAACGCCAGCCUCCACCUGCAUCUGGCGCAACUCGAGCGCGACGUGCAGCGCUACAUGCGGUCGCGGGAGCGCGCAGGGCUAGCAGUGAUUGACUGGGAGGAAUGGCGGCCGCUAUGGAUCCGUAACUGGCAGGGGAAGCAGGUGUACCGGGACCGCUCGCUGGCGCUGGUGCAGGAGCACCACUCGGACUGGGAUGCUGCACAGCGAGCUCGCCAGGCUCAGUUUGAGUUCGAGCAGGCGGCGCGGAAGUUCAUGAUCAGCACCCUGCAGAGAGCGCGCAAUAAGCGGCCCCGCAGCCUCUGGGGCUUCUACCUCUUCCCGGACUGUUACAACCACGGCUACGCGGGCGGCGCCGGCAACUAUACCGGCCACUGCCCCGACGUGGAGGUGUCGCGGAACGACCUGCUGGCGUGGCUGUGGGCCGGUAGCACCGCUCUCUACCCCUCCAUCUACCUGGCGAGCUCCCUUCGCGGUACGCCUGCCGCCCGCAGCUUCGUGCGGUCCCGGUUGCGGGAGGCGCUGCGGGUGGCGCGCGAACACGGCCGCGAAGGGGCGCUCCCCGUCUUCGUGUACUCGCGUCCCAGCUACAGCCACACCACCGAGCUACUGACACAGCAAGACCUGGUCACCACGGUGGGGGAAACGGCCGCGCUGGGAGCCGCCGGCAUCAUCUUCUGGGGCGACACAGAUUACAGCAACAGUGCGGAGCGCUGCCGGAUGAUGAGCGAUUACCUGUCCGGGGACUUGGGCCGUUACCUGCUGAACGUCACCUCGGCGACCCGGCAGUGCAGCCGCUUCCUGUGCGCGGGCAACGGGCGCUGCGAGCGGAGGAACAGCGAGGCCGACACCUACCUACACCUGAGCCCCUACAGCUUCCGCAUCGAGGCGGCGCCGGGCCCGGGAGGCGGGCUGCGGGUGACCGGCGUCCUCUCGCAGAGCGACAAGGCCGCGCUACAGCUGGACUUCCAGUGCCGCUGUUUCCAUGGCUGGAGGGGCCAGCGCUGCGACGUGGGGACGAGCGGCGGCUCUCUCACCCUGCCCUCCGCCCUAGCCCCCAUCAUCGCCCUCCUGCUCUCGCUCGCAAUGUAGAAGCGAGGACGCAGGCCCUCCCCCCUCUCACCCACCCACUCCCCUAGCACCCUCUCCCCGUCCUCUCCCCUCCCCCACCCCCCUCCAUUCCCCUCCCACCCUCGCCACUACCCUCUCACCCUUUCCCCACCCUCACCUUCCU